AUUUUGGUGUGAUAAUUUGUUAUGACUUUGUGUUGUUCAAGUUUUAGAUACCUACCAAUUAUCUUAAAUUAAAUUUUGUAGUGUAAUUAACAGUAUAAUUUUGUACCAAUGCUAUACAAUAUAUGGUUAAAUUGACUUCUGAAUUAAGUUGAAUCUUGUGGAAGGAAUAGGCACGUGUUGAUAGUGGAAUUCAUGUUUAUCGUAGUGAAACAUCAUUGUACCUUCCUAUCCUUUUACAUUGAAGAUAACAAAUACUCAAACAUUUAUUGUUGAUUGUUAUUAGACCAAGAAUUCUAAAUUAAAUGUCUCAACUGUUCAGGUCUGAAAUCCUAGACAACUUGAAGAAAAAGGAUCAGGAGAAGGAGCCACAAAUCUCUAACUAUCAACAACAGCUUGUUAAACCGGUUGACAAGCCCCUACAUUCUGCUGAAGUAUCAAAUGCCAAUGUUCCGGUAACACAGCAUGUCCCUGCUCAGCAAUUGUUGUCCCCAACUCACACCUUGGGCCAGUCUGGUCCACAAAAAGAGGACUCUAAAGAAAAAUCAAUAAAAGUUGCAAAUUCAACAACAAUAACUUUGAUAGAAAACGGUAAUCUCAACGGAGAUAAAGAUAAAGACAAUACUUAUAAAAAUUACUUUACAUUAGAGCCUAAAAAUGAAAAGAAGGAUGAUUGUAAUAAGAAUAGCAUCACAAUAACUAAGACUGCCUUGAAGCAGUCACCUGGUGGCAGUCAAGGAGACAAAAAGGCUCAGAUCAAGCCUGCCAAAAGGCCCCUUCAGUACUUGGAGACACUUGCUGAGAAGGCCGGUAUCACUUUUGAAGAUAAAUACGAGGCUGCUAAUACCUUGUUGGCUCUAGACAAGCAGAACUCCACUAACAGGAGACUCCCUGACUUAAAGGCACCUAAGUCUGAACCUGAUAACCAUAAUCAGCAGGAGGAGUACAGAUAUAGGAAUCAAAAAGAAGAAGAUGACAAGUUACAGAUCCAGCAACAAAUAAUUCAGCAGCAGCAACAGCAGCAGCUACAGCAGUUCCAACAGCAACAGUUGCAGCAGUUACAACAACAGCAGGCACUGCAACAGGCCUUGCAGCGACAACAGCAGCAAGCUAUCCAACAGCAUAUCAAAAAUCAUCAGGACCAACAAGAAUUGCUGCAAAAACAAUUCCAACAACAACAACAGCAACACCAACAGCAACAGCAGCAACAACAACAACAACAACAACAACAGCAGCAGCAGCAGCAACAACAACAGCAGCAGCAACAACAACAACAACAACAGCAGCAGCAGCAGCAGAAGCCUGAGUUGUUGCAAGUGACUCAGCAAGGAGACCAACCGCAACAGAAAUAUUUGCAGCCGGUGCACACCCAGUUCAACUUACCGGGCAUUGGCGAGAUCAACCUCAGCUUUUUGGCGUCACCGCAAAGUAACGUCAACCUACUCUUUGACAAGAACCAGAAGACAAUGAGCGGAGAUAUCAAGCCGCAGCAAAUAGUAGACGGCCAAACUCAGGUCGUCCAGCAACAGAUGAGCAUGUCGCAACACGAGCCGUCCCAGCAGCACCACCAGACGGUGACCGUCGUAUCCUCUAUGCCCAGCAGCAUGGCCACUCAUCAGCAACAGACUGGGGGUGGUAUCCAACAACAAGCUGGUAGUAUAUCUACCAUGCCACCCUUGCAGAGUUUGCCGCCUAACACUCAACAUCCCCAACAAAUCAGCGCCGAAUGGGGUCACAGCCGCGUCCAGGUGAUCCAGCAGCCAUUGCAAAAUAGCACCUAUUUGCAACAGCUAUACAACGCUCAAGGACCUCUGCUCAUGCCCAGCAAUAUUGCCUUACAUCCUGGCAUCAAUUCCCAGCAAAUACAGGUUAUAGCUGCAGGAAAGCCGUUCCAGGGUAAUCAACUGACCCCUCAUAUGCUGACGACCCAAGGAAAGCAAGUCCUACAAGGACAGGCCGCUCCGUUCCCGGGCUACACGACUAUCCCGGCGAUCCCGACGACACAGAACCAGACGUUCGUGUUCAGCCCACUGGGCGUCAUUAACUCGCAGCCCAGCAUCCUGCCCGCGCACUCACAGUCCACCGUCUCCGCCAUCGGACAGCAACAAAAACAAAGCGACAUGCACAAGUGCGGUGCAAAGGGUGCUUCCAGUAAGGCUGGUGGCAGUGGUGUAACUCAAACGGUGCCUGUACAAGCACAGUGCGUGCAGGUCUCUCAGCCAGUUCUGGGCACUCAGCAACCGACUCAGGCCCAGAUCAUUAGCCCUCUGCAGACGGGUGGUCAGACGAUGCAGUUUGCGCCAUGGCAGAUAUCUGGCGCGUUGCCCCAAGUGUGGGCAGGUGGUCUCCAGGCAGGGACCUUGCCGGCCGGAGGGUUGCUCGCCCCUAACCCCAUCUUCAUCCGAGGAACCCAACCCGACGCGCCACCGUCCAUGUUCAUUCAACACUCGCCUCAGAACAACGUUCAGCAUACGAGUGUGAGUGUAGCAUGUGCUACUUCGACGACAUCGAAGCCUCGCGCCUCUUCGGAUGGGCUGGCGAAGGCUCCACGGCCUCUCUCCAACAUCCUGCCUUCCAGCGGCAUCAGACCUGGACCUGGCUCGUCGGUGUCCACUCAAACCAACCCCAAUCAGCCGCAGAAUCAGGCAAAGCAACGCGGCAAGCCUGGCGUGCGUUCACCAGCUCCGACCGCCAAGCAAGAUGCAGCAAACCAAACCAACAAAAUGCAGCAUCAGAUCCAACAACCGAAGCAGCAACUUCUGCUGAUGAAUACGGGCCAGAUGACCCAGAUUACAAGUGUUGAUAAAGCUAAAAACAUACAGCAACAAGCGCUAUUGCAGCAACAAGCUUUACAGCAACAGCAACAACAACAACAACAGCAACAACAGCAGCAGCAGCAACAGCAACAACAGUUAUUGCAUCAACAGCAACAAACUCAGCAAAUGGUCCAUUAUCAGCAGCAAGGUAUGUCGCUGGGCAUGCAGCAAGGUACUGUGCCCGUAGGAUCAGUCGCCCAGACUCUCCCUAUGGCAGGUAUGCCGCAAACCAUAUCAAUGGUGCAACAAAUCCAUCCUUUGAGUGGCAUGGGCCAACCUGGGACGCUGGUUAGUCAGCUGAGCACGUCUCAACCGCAAAGCGUACAGACUUUGCAGCAACCUCAGACCCUGGUAGGGGGCGGGUUGGUCCAGACAUCCGUUGGCAUGACCGUUCAACAACAAGCGGCUUUAAAUCACUCGGCGUCUAUGCAGACGCUAACUCUCCAGGCGGCUCAAGGCACCGUGGGUCUGAUAGCAGCCCCAGUACAAGGCUCGGUACUCCCGCUGCAGACUCCUGCGACCCUAGUAACCCACGUCAAGACCGAGGAUGAGAAACCACAAAUAUCAUCCACACCGCGUCGUCGCGUACAGGCGCCCGUGUUGCAGAUCCAGCCGACUCAGCAAGUUGUGCCCGAGACUUCUGACGCUACGUCUACCACCUUCAGUUCAUCGGUUACUACUACGGCUGACGCUUCGGUUUCUACCAGCACCGCUACUAUUGGUGCGGUAACUCCGAUGGAGACUACAAAGUCUACACCAACGAAGGCAGAGAGCCACAGCACCACUGCUGAGCCGUCGUCAGCCUCUACUACUCCAGCAGCGUCCAGCUCUGCUCCGGUACCCAGCAGUGCCCAACAAACUACUCCAGUCGCACCUCAGGUGGUUACUACGGUUGCCUCUUCAACGUCGUCGUCUUCAACGAUGACCGCCGCCAUUACGGCCCCGGUCACCUCAGGCGGGACCAGCUCGGCUUUGUUUAAGAGUACUCAAUGCACUCCCCGCCACAUGAGCCAGCAGGCGGCACACGACAAAGGCUUGCCAAAGGCUAUGGUGAAACCGAACAUUUUGACGCAUGUCAUCGAAGGAUACGUCAUUCAGGAAGCUGGAGAGCCUUUCGCUGUUAAUCGUCCACUGCGCGACUGGGUCGAUAAGGAACAGGACAAAGAGAACAAGUUGCCGACGGACGAAGGUCCGCCACGUAAGUUGAGGAAGAAGCAGAUGCUGGAACAUCAUGCCUCGAGCGUUGCUCGUAUUAGCUCGAGCAACGAGACUGCUUCCCAUAGCUCUGCUCCAGCUCAUUCCAACACGAAGACUAGACACGAAGAGGCCGCAGCCAGCAGUACGGCUGAGACCGCCAGCGCCAGUUCUGAUACCACUCAGGCACCCAAGAUACCAAACGCUAACAAAUGGACUGUAUCGGAGGUCUGCGACUUUAUCCGCAAUAUUCCGGGCUGCGCUGGCUACGCAGACGAGUUCCUCAUGCAGGAGGUGGAUGGCGAAGCUCUGCUGCUGAUUAGACCGGAGCACCUUGUGAUGGCUCUGUCCAUGAAGCUCGGCCCCGCCCUCAAGAUCGUCGCUUGCAUCGACUCCCUCCGCCCAGAGAGCGAGCAAUCUUCUCAUGAUCAUGACUGAGAUUUGCUGUCCGUGUUCUUCGCGAACAACUUGUAAGGCAGAUACAAGUGUUGGAGGAGAACACAUGCAAAGGAUUGCAUACAUUACACCGAUCGCGUAUGAAUGAUCAAUACCCACUGUAGACAAUUGUAGAGCUUGUUAUUAUGGUUGUUAGUUCUAUAUUAGCUUGAUAGUGACGUCGUUACAUACAACCUGCAUUUAGCAAAUUCUUCGUGUUACAUCCUGUAGUUAAUUUGUUCAGCCAUAAGCUGAAAUAAUAAUAAUAAUAUUAAUUCAAUGCGUGUUUUUUGAACUAAUCGACAUUGUUUAAAUGGUUAUCUGGAGUAUUCCUAUUAAAUACGAAUUAUAGUUAGAUUUAACAGAACACAAGUCUCAUACUGUGUGCAACGUGUAGAUUAUUAAUGAUGUUUCUAUGUCAGUAAGAAACUUUUUUUGCAUCUUCUGCUCAAUUCGUUUUUAUAAACAAUCUUGAUAUGUUUUGUAACUUUUGAAAAUUGAAUGGAAAUGAUGAAUUUUCCUAUAUUUUAGGAAAACUGUUAUACAUAGCGUUUUAAAGGUCACGAUAUUUUAAGUCGAUUAUGUGUCGAUACGGUGUACGUGGAAAAUCACAUAGAAUGUUCUAGUAACACUUGAUGUCUUAACGUUGUGUGUAGUAGAUUUAUAUGUGUCGAUAACAAUACAUUUCAUCUUUUUCCGUUCAACCUCCAUUUAUAGAACAUUAGUCACGGUUUUUGCCCUGUCCCAUAGCUAAGAAAGUUGUAACCUAAAUAAUAAUCAUCUUAAUUUGAUGCGUGUUUAAUAAAAUAGUGUAAAAAUUGAAUAUGUCAUUGUCUAAGUAUUAUUAUUACAAUAAAUAUGAUAUGAGUAAGCUUCAUGUUAGUCUCAGAGAGGAUGUACCGAUGUUUAACGGUGUUUAUAAAAAAGUUCUGCCUUUUAUGGCUCACCCUUUGGUAAAACUUAGCCUCAGUAUGAAAUCAUAAUUUCAACUAAUCAAUUUUAUGCUGAGAUUAAUCGAGUCGAAGGCCUGUGUUCAUUGUUGCACGUUUGUAUUGUAGACUCCUUGCGUUCCCCCCGUCCAUAGUCACGUAGACGUCAUUUAGCCGUAGAGCUGUCAAUUAUAUUACGCUAUUAUAAAUGAGAAGUCAAGAUUGAUUUAUAAUGUCUAUCUAUAUAUACGUAAUAAAUAUAUAAACAAGCCAACAGUUGUUCAACAUCAAAAUUUACGUCGUCCUGUCACCCACCGUAACUAACGGUCUUAUCUAUAAUUCUGUCAACUUAUAGCCGUCGCCCGUUAUAACAUUUCGUAUAAUUGGCAAGAAACAUUGCGCGUUUCACAUAAAUUCCAAUAAUGUUAUGGUGCACUUAGGACAAAUGUCGAAAGUUCCGCCUAUUUAGUGUUAAGUUUACUUAUUUAAACCCGUACUUAGUUUAAAAUUGGUUUUGUCUCUCUUUCUCUCUAUCUCUAUUUUAUUCCCCCGUUUUUAUGUAACUUUGAAAGUAUUUGACAAUGUUUAUAAUGAAUUUUAUAAGUAACAUUUUAACUAAAUUCAAUAUUAUCUGGCUUACGAUUAAUAUAUCUCCUAAUGAUAUCCAAAGGCGAUUGAAAGUAAAAUUUCUAAAAAAAAGUCUAACGGGUAGUCGUCGAACUCUCCACUUUAGUGACAACGAUUAGUUCGAUGCCUCCGCCGUUGACUUAUUAAGAGCUUUCCAAAGUUACUUUUAUUUCGUACACAUUUAUUAUUUGAACAAUCUGACAUUGAAUUGUAAAUGGGUAAAAUAAUUAUCGGCUGAUGUGUGAACAGAAUUUUGUUUUACAGCAAUCGGCCUUUCGAACAACAUGGUAGGGGAGUAGAUCUAUGUAUGUAUACACUUUAUAUGAUAGCUUAUAGUUAGUCUUCGGCGGGCGAUCGAUAUUUAACUCGAUCGAAGCUUAUUUGCAUAACUUGAUAGUAAGGUUAUAUUUACACCAAAAAGUAUAAUAAGGCUGCAGCAGGAUUUUAUCAUCGAUCAAGUUUAUCGAAUAAUGUCUCUUAAUACAUGGUAUACGAAUGUAACUCGAUCGCCUGCCUUAGCAUUGUGGAGAAAUGUUGAUAAUAUAAUAACUGUUGCAACGCUGAUACAACGUACAUUUAUAGGCUUGUUCACAGUUAUAGUGAAUAAUGUUAACGUAAUAUUAAGUCGAUAUAAUCUAAAUAUUUCAGAAUUAAUAACAUUAAAACUUAGUCGUUGUAUUAAUAUUAAAGAAAUCGCUUUUUUACUAAAUUCGUGUUCAAUACAGUGCAAUCCGAUUUGAUACUUUGCAACGAUUCUUUUUAUUCUGCGUUUGUGUAUUAUUUCGCGAUUAUAAUAUCUGUGGGAGCAGUCUCCAGUUGAGCAAACAGCUUUUUACACCCGUGGUGCUACUUAGUUGUAUUUUGUCGCUUUACUUAUUACACAGUUUCUUUAGGAUACAUUAUUGUUAGUAGAUAGGUAUUUUAUAUAAUAUAUUUGCGUCGUGACAGCGAUUAUUUGCAAUUUUAAUCAAAAUUUUAUUAUUUUAUUGAAGGUAUAAGUACCAACGUAUUAAUGUGACUUCAAAUUUUGGAAAUAGUUAGUUAAGCGUAUCAUUUCGUCACACACAGUGUGUAUGUAAAUAGUAUUUACUUUGUUGUAUUCUAAUUUCGCAGGCUUUUUAUUAUUAUAUAAUCGUGUUUUCAUGUGUACAUAUUUCAAUUCUAGGUAGGCACUAACCAAAUUCAGGUCAGUAAAUAUACAUCAUAAUAUAUUAUAGUUUAGUGAUUUCAAACUGGGAUUUACGUUUAGUAAUAUACUAUAUAAUUAUGUAGUGUUGUAGGCACUCGUCUAAUAGAUAUUUUCACUAUUAUUUUAAGUCAUAUUCUACGAGAUACAAUUAUUUUUCUUAUUUUAAAUGUUUGUCGUCAUAUGUUGGCGUAUAUUAUAGUUUUAUUCAUUUUAACGUCGAUCGAUAUUUUAGUGAUUAUGUUGUAUUAUAAUAGGAUAAUGAUUAAUUAAUGUUAUGUCAUUGAAAUAUAUUUACACCAUUACAAGGUGGCUCGAUGUUUCUUUACAUGAUUCGUUUGUGUAGUGAAUAGUGAUGGUAGGUCCGUGUUGUACAUCUAUCUUAAUAUUUUCUUUGUUCAUAUAUGUCAUUGUUACUAUGUAAGUGUAUAUGUAUAACGAACAGUCGGCUUGAGCACUGCCAUGAUGUAAAAUGUACUUUUGUGUAGUCAUGUUUAUGAAUACUCUUACGGUUCUUAGAAAUAUGCUGUAUUAGAUUUUAGUAGAUGUAUAAACGUUUUAAUAUAAUAAAAACUUAUUAACUUUGAAUGUUGUUGGUAUUUAUGAUAUGACUACAUGAUUCUACACAAUAUUCGUAAGUAAUUAAAAUGAAAUUUAAAUGUACAGAACACUGCUCAAUACCGUGCAGUAGCUAAUUUCAUGGUACAUUAAGGAAAAUAAAGCAAAUGAGACUGA